ACGUGUAUUUAAGUUGGCAGCUGGCGAUCAAAUCUGACAGCGAUUGUCAAAAAUUGGUCUGCGCCCGAAAAAUUGGAAGUACUAAGGGAUUAAAUCACAGUUUUAGAAAUGGGUCACGGAUUCGGAGAAUUGUUCAAACUCAGGGGCAUCAUCACCUACAGGUUGUCGCCUUUUGAGCAGAAGGCUUUCGGCGGUAUCGUCUCGCACGGCAUCCCGAACACGCUUCGCAGGAUGAAGGAAUCCUUCCUUUACGUCGUCCCACCACUAGCUCUUGGUUACUUGGUCUACGACCAAACCGAGAAGGCGCACAUGAAGCUGAUGAGGAAGCAGCCAGGACAGUUCGACGAUGAUGUGUGAAGAGAUAUGAACCUUUUAAAUAAAUUAUUGUAGUAAAUAAUCAAUAAAAAAUUAAAGUAAUACCAUAA